AUGGAUAAAAGCGAGCUGGUCCAGAAGGCCAAAUUGGCUGAGCAGGCAGAGAGGUACGAUGACAUGGCAGGCUGCAUGAAACGAGUGACGGAACAAGGAGCUGAACUAUCCAAUGAGGAGAGGAACCUUCUCUCAGUGGCCUACAAAAAUGUAGUAGGUGCACGCCGGUCGUCCUGGAGAGUCGUCUCUAGUAUUGAGCAAAAGACAGAAGGAAGUGAUAAAAAACAGCAAAUGGCUCGGGAGUAUCGAGAGAAGAUUGAGACUGAGCUGAGGGAUAUUUGUAACGAUGUUCUGUGUCUUCUGGACAAAUACUUGAUUCCCAACGCAUCCCAAGCAGAGAGCAAAGUCUUCUACUUGAAAAUGAAGGGAGACUACUACCGUUACUUGGCUGAAGUAGCUUGCGGAGAUGACAAGAAAACAAUUGUGGAGCAGUCUCAGCAGGCAUACCAGGAUGCUUUCGACAUCAGCAAAAUGGAGAUGCAGCCAACACAUCCUAUAAGGCUGGGCCUGGCUCUGAACUUCUCGGUCUUCUAUUACGAGAUCCUGAACUCCCCGGAAAAGGCAUGCUCUCUGGCAAAAACCGCUUUUGAUGAAGCUAUUGCCGAACUCGAUACCCUGAGCGAAGAAUCAUACAAAGACAGCACAUUAAUAAUGCAAUUACUGAGAGACAAUUUGACAGUAAGUAUACAUUAG